GUUCCCUUUGCAUUUUGUACAAUAUUGUUAGCCCAACUAUACAGUUAUUUAACUUUUUAUAAUAACGAAAAAUAACGACAUCAGAAACCUCAUUGGUGGCUACAACCCUGGUUCCUGCAACAGUUGCAAUUUGAAGAGAAGGAAACCACUUUACACGAAGAAGUUUUACUCCAGUAAACGAUAUGGAAGCCAGGUCAACAGAUUGCCGAGCUGGUUCGUCUAGACUGAACACAAAUGUCCAGAACCAGCUGACGUCCAGCCAGCCAGCACCAUUAUUUUCAUCAUGUUAUGAAUUGGGCAGCUCCCUGGGAUCAGGCAGCUAUGGCCUUGUGUGUGAUGGGAUUCGCAAAUCUGAUGGCUUGGAGGUCGCCAUCAAACAUGUUCCAUUACAAGAUAUUACUUAUGUGGAUACUUCUAAGGGCGAGCAUCUACCCAAAGAAGUGGCUUUACAGCAGGAGCUACAUAAAUCGGAGACAUGCCCUUAUAUUGUUAAAAUAUACGACUGGUAUCUGGAAGAUCAGCUCAUCAUGACUAUGGAAUACCCACGGCCAUGCAUGACCUUGCAUGAUUUCAUCAAAUGUCAUCCAAGUCUUCCGCGUGAAACCUUGGCACGUCGUUUGAUGACCCAAGCAGUAAUGGCAGCCAAAUACUGGAUUGGACACGGUGUCAACCAUGGUGACUUGUCAUGGGACAACUUCUUGAUCAAUACAGAUAUGAUGCAGGUGAAAAUUAUAGAUUUUGGAAACGGCAGGUUUAUCUCAACCACCAACAACCUAGAGUCAGGAUACUGUGACAGUGCUUAUGCGGUUGCAGAUACUGUCUGUGGUUUAGGGAAUAUUCUGGCACUAUUGGUGGGUUGCUGUUGCUUCACUGGCGUCACUCACAAACACAUCGUAUCUGAAGGUAUAAAUUAAAAGGAAAUGUUGGUGUAGUGGAGUAGGCGGGGUGAGACCGUGGUUCGAGACCGGUGAGUAUUUGUGAAUGAGCGCCAGCUGUGCGCACACCGGGCUCGAAUCACGUAGGAGAUUGGGAGCAUAUAAGAGAACGAGCGACCGGACCGUCGAGGAGAUAGGACCGGGCCCGGACACAUGUUAAGUUUAUAUUUAUGUUUGUGUUGCCGGCUGUUUAUUUACGUUGUUAUCAUUUAAUUAAAGUCUGUUAAAAAAUGUUCGCCGGUUCCCGCCUCCUUCCUUCCUUGUAUUGAACUGUGUUACAUUGGUGCCGAAACCCGGGAGGAAGGAGAGAUAUGCUGUCGGAGAGUCCUCGCCACCGAGUGGCCUCGCGGUACCGGAGAGUUCGGGCAGCGCGGACGAAGGGCGUCCACCAGUGGCUUCCCGAAGCGGUGGCUCUGGG